AUGCUGCUCUUGCCGCUGUGUCAGUGGAGCGCGAUCAACUUCGGGAUGAUCCGGCUGAGUUGGAAGCUGAAGCGCGAUCAGGCGUUGCGCGAUCGCGACGUUCUUCGAACGAGCAUUGCCGCGCUCGUUACCGGACCCAGUUUCUCUUCUUCGUCCCGUCCAAUUGCGACGGCCUCAUCUACGAGUGCUUGUGUCAAACGACCUAGUACUUUCGCUCUAACUCCUCCUCCGCGGACCAAGAGCGUCAUAAUCAAGGCUAACUCGCAGUCGGUCGUCAAGGUGACACCCAAGACUCAUUCUCCGACUGCGUCCGGUACCGUCGCCGAGCCUUCUCCGCCGUGUAAAACCCCGAAGAACAACCCUUCCCGAUCACCCCACAGUUCCACACGAUCUCACGCAAAACUUAUGCCCAAGACUCCCGCUCUUCCCGGACCUGAUGUUCGAAAAGGCAAAGGCAGAGCGCGCAAUCCGACGCCUGCUCCAGCUAGCUCGGAUGAUGACGAUUCAUCGGAUGCCGGGCCUCGAACCUUGGCUGCACUCUCCCGAUCACGCUCUUCUUCACGGCGUAAAUUCCCGUUGGGUAAUCCGACGACUCCGUCUUCUACGUUACCAGAGUUGAUGGUAGUGGAUACCUCCAGCUCGGAUGUGGAUUCUCCCACCUCCCCAGUUGUCGCUCCCCUUAGGCCAAAACCCAAGGUUUACAAGGUCGACUUGUUUGGCAAAGCUUCUAUCAGUUCGGAGGGUCCGAUCAGCGUUACGGAAGACGUCCGAGCCCCAGCCAAUAAUCUGUUGUCUUCGGCCGAGUCCAAAGAUCUUCCCAAGACUAAGGUGCCCCGCGAUCAGUGGAUACCCGGGUAUCACUGUCGCGUACCAAAAUCUUCUGUUCAAGUUUCACCUUGGUCUGCGCGCCGGGUGAGCUGGAUUAGCGUGUUGGAAUUGGAUUUGGAGUUCUUCUAUCGCCAUCUCGCCAGGCCCAAGCAUUACCCUUUUCCAGCCUCUCCUGCUGUAUCGAAAGCACCUCCCAUGUCUGAGUGGUCUCCCCACUUGAUUUCUUCGGCGCGGGUUGCCGCGCUUUAUCGCCAGGAGCCCUGGAAAUCUUUGCGCGUGAAGAUUGCGCCCAUUCCAGCCCGUUGGGUGGUUCGAGCAGUUGCUGGACCUAUACCACUCUUUCGAAGAGCGCUAUAUCCAGACGUUGUGGGAAUCAACCCAUACCUUGCCCAUUUCUUCCGCCGAUCGGGUUAA